CUGCUUUUGCCCCGCCGUACAAACCUCUGCCUUCUCCAGCCCUUGCGCAGAAUCGUCCAAGGCCCAGAGCUGUGAAGCCAGUACAGGAGCCACUUCUUGAAUAUCUGGGUAAGACUCUGGCUCAGGCUCACCUUUUCACCAUGGCUUCGGAGACAGCGGCGACAAGAAAAUGCAUGGGGGACGACUGCGACAACGAUGCCGGCAGCCUUCAAUGUCCCACGUGCCUCAAGCUGGGGAUGAAGGAAAGCUACUUUUGUUCUCAGGAUUGCUUCAAAAGGAAUUGGAGCACCCACAAAUUGUUGCAUAAAUCACAGAGUAAUUUCCUCCAUAAUUUCAUUGCUCCAAAAGUUGUCUCUGAACCCGAUCCAGACACUGGCCUGUACAACCCAUUCCCGACUUUCCCGUUCACCGGCCCCCUACGACCCGUCUACCCGCUAUCAGAGCGCCGCAAAGUACCGAAAUCAAUACAACACCCUGAUUACGCGCAUGAUGGUAUAGCGAGGAGCGAGAGAGCAUAUGGUGUGAGGAACAAGAUUGAGAUUCUGGACAAGAAAGGACAAGAUGGCAUGAGAAAGGUUUGCAGGCUGGCAAGAGAAGUCCUAGAUAUCGCGGCGGCCGCUAUCAAACCUGGUGUCACUACGGACUACAUCGACGAGAUUGUGCACAAGGCCUGUUUAGAAAGAGAUUCUUACCCCUCGCCCCUCAACUACUUCCAUUUCCCUAAAUCCGUCUGUACGUCUUUGAACGAGAUCAUUUGCCACGGCAUUCCAGAUCAACGACCAUUAGUGGAUGGUGAUAUCCUGAACAUCGAUGUCACACUAUACCAUGGCGGCUACCACGGCGAUCUAAACGAGACAUACUAUGUUGGUGAAAAGGCAAAAAAUGACCCGGACUCCGUACGGGUGGUUGAAACUGCUCGAGAAUGUCUGGAUGAGGCCAUCAAGUUGGUAAAACCAGGCGCGCUCUUCAGAAACUAUGGCAAUGUGAUAGAAAAGCAUGCCAAGUCAAGAGGCUGUAGUGUCAUCAAGUCCUACUGUGGCCAUGGCAUCAAUAGUUUGUUCCAUUGUGCACCGAACAUCCCACAUUAUGCCAAGAACAAGACUGUAGGAGAGGCAAAGGAGGGAAUGUGCUUUACUAUUGAGCCUAUGGUUGCCCUAGGCACACAUAAAGAUAAGACUUGGCCUGAUGAGUGGACAAGUGCUACACUGGAUGGGAAGAGGACUGCGCAGUUUGAACACACCCUUCUAGUCACAGCUGAUGGCGUAGAAGUUCUUACAGCACGAACGCCAAACUCCCCUGGUGGCCCAGUACCUAUGCCAGUGGUGGCAGUAGACGGCGAGAAGAAAGAGGAGACAUCGCAAUGACAGUAGACACAACGGCGCAUGAUCUUUAAAAUACCUUAGCGGCAUCAAAAUAGAUAGACAUGCAUAUCAGGCUUAAC